AUGGUCAAGAAUUUGGAGGAAGCUUGCUCUUCUGCUGCGGAGGAUGGUUUAUGGCUAAUUUUAUGCUCUCUUCUCAUGAUGUUUGGUAGUUUGCGUUGGAAUGAUGCUCUGCAGGAAUGCCUUGGGGCAUUGUUUGCGAAGGUGUCUGUGGUGGCAAGUGGGCGCAUACGUUCCUUUCGUGAGCUGUCGCGUUUGACUUUGUCUCCGUCCAGGGACUUCUUGAUUGGUCGAUCUGGAAGUCCUAUUGGCUAUUCAAUUGCUCUUGCAAACUUCAUACGUUGUUUGGUCAAGUGUUGCGGUCUCACCUUGGCUGCAGCUGGCCUUUCCUUUAACGGAAUAGAGAUUGGGGAAGCGAUUGGGUUGCGCCCCUUUCUUGUGUGUUGA